ACGAGGACAGACCAGUAUAUUGAAGAAUAGUGCCACUUACUACUGAUGUUUCCGGCUAUUUCGCAUCAUCCGAUUCUAUUUUGCCCAUGGUCUCAUAUAGCAACACCCAAUUAGCGUGCUGUCGCCAUCAGGAGGGUCUCGCACGCAAACCCCCGGCCCGCUAGCGCGCACCCUCCGAGCCGGAACAGUGGAACGGCUAUAUCCGCCGACAGCCGGCAGCACCUCCUUACUCCCUGUCAUACCACAUCCAUGGCCAUGUCCCCAGGGAAUACUACGGAUGGCGUAGUUAUGUCCCAUAAGACAUCAACAACUGAUGAUAAUAGUCUCCAUGUCGUGAUUGCGUCGUCCACUUGCAAUCGAUGCCGUUCACGGAAGGUCAAGUGUGAUCGUGCUCAACCCGUCUGUACUGCUUGUGUGCGACUACAACUCCAUUGUUCUUAUGAUAGAAGGUCAAUAAGCCCUAUUGCUAACCUUGGGGAUCGACCAAGCUAUACCGAAGCCGGGACAAGGAGGAAAAGAGCUCGCCAGGCGUGCGGGGCUUGUCGGAAUGGAAAAGCAAGAUGUUCUGGAUGGGGUCCUUGUGAAAGAUGCGUUUCCAAAAGUUUGGUUUGCGAUCUUCCAGCAAGGGAAGCCGAUUAUGGUGGCGACGACGGAGUAAUGAGCAUACCAACCCCUACAACGAUACCAAGUAUCACAUCCGGGACAAUACCCUGGUGGUCGGAAAAGGCAACAGCAAGGCAUUAUCUGGAUAUUUACUUCGAGUCGGCGAGCAGGGCCGCGCCAGUCUUUCUCCACAAGCCAAGUAUCCUAGUUGAGUGGAGUAAGGGCGACCUCGAUAUCAAUCUACUGAAAUGUAUCGUGGCAUUCGGUAUGUUCAUGAACGACUCUCGGCCGGAUGGGCGCUUAACGGCUCGGGCUUUGAUGCAGGAAGUGCAAGAUGACACUCUAAGGAAAAUAGGAAGGCAGACACUCGCACACUUGAGGGUUCUAGUGAUGCUGUUGCGAUUUCGUUUCCAAGCUGGCCAAUUCCCUGAUGCCUGGAGUCUCCUCGCCCUAGCCGCCCGCUCGGCUUUCACAAUGCGAUUGAACCAUGAGCCUAGCAAUCCGGACCCUCUUGUCCAGGAGUCGAAUAGGCGGCUUGUGUGGGCAAUAUAUCAGCUAGAUCGGCUAUACUCUGGUGGAAUGGAAGACUUGGCCGUCUUCCCUGUGGAGAAAAUGCACAUACGCUUGCCGUGCGAUGAGCGUAGCUUCGAGAUGGGAAUUGGGUCGAAUGCUGGUUUCCUCGACGAGACUGGCAUGGAACCUAAUGCGAAUGUAGACGCACACGCCUUCAAGUUCAGGCUUCUCGCGAUCCGAGACAGGAUAUUGAGGUAUACCAAAAGCGUCCGGAGAAAAGGUGAUAGCCCAGCCGAUAGCCGACCCUCAAUGGAGGCUCUCCAGGUUGAACUAAACACGUUUGAACGGACCCUUCCAGCGGAGCUCAAACUCACUUCACAGAGACUAGUGUUCAUCGGUCACUCUCGCGAGGCUGGCAUAUAUGUAGGGCUUCAUACGCUAUGGAUGAUGUGUCACUGCGAUCUCUACCGCUUUUGUGUUCCUGGGAUUCGUGAGUCCGUAUCCAAAGAUGCGUUGGCUCAGACGCCACGGGAUUUCAUUGAAUACUGCCAGCAUGCAUGCUUCAGCACGGCAGUCCGGCUUUGUGGGUUGUGGUCCGAUUUAUAUCACCUCGAGUCCAGCGAGUACUUCGGUGACGAGCUUCUCGCAGUCUCGAUUUAUCAAGUUGCCCAGAUUCUGCAUCAUCUUCCUCAUUUAAUCCUAGAGGAUGGCGAGGACAGCGUGAUGUCUCUAAAGAAAAAACUCAUCGAAGCAUUGCAGCUUGCCGCGCCGUUGGGACGGGUAUACACCAAUGUGAUUAACUGUCUGAAGGACUCUGAACGCCUGAUAAAUGCACUAGGACGUGCAUCUGUUACUCAAUCUUCACCGGACUCCAGCGUAGCGGCAGCCAUUGAAACCGCCGAGCGAGAGCACCUCGCUUCGAAGCACUCCGUGUUACCACAUUUGUACAGGGAUCAAAAUAUCGUUGACAGAGACACGGAAUGUCCAGAAGCAAAAGGCCAGCGGUCGAAUGUGCUUCUGUCUAGCGAAGGGAGGAUCAUGUCGUCGAAUUCUAACGCAACUUUAAGCCAGUUAGAUCAUGAAAGGAGGGAAUAUCAGGAAAUGGAACCUGGAUUCUCGGACAUGUUCCUCUUCGAUCCGUUCAAUAUGCAGCUGAACGGUUAUUACGAUCCGGAACUCGAUUUCCUGUUCAUGUAGUUGUCGGUGGAGCGUGGAUGGCGGAGUGUUCCUGAAGGACAAAUGUGGAAAAGACAACAUGUGACUCAAUCCUCCAUGCUCUCUUUCCCUGCGCAAUUAAUUCGUCGUUAGACUACAGGAA